AUGGAAACGCUAACAAAUUUUGGCCAAGUGGCCCUGAAAUGGGAUCCAAAAAAUCUCGAAAUUCGCACGAUGUCGGUGGAAAAAACGCUCGAACCGCUGGUGCUUCAGGUGACCACACUCGUGAGCACGAAAGGGCCAAGCAAAAAGAAAAAAGGCAAAUCGAAACGCGCAAGUGCAUUGGUUGCUGCCGUCGAAAAGGCCACCGAUAUCUUCAUCGAACGCGGAGAACAGAUUGCGUACGAAAACCCGGACAUCACGCAGGAGAUGUUGUCGGCCGUCGAGGAGGUCCGCAAGACCGGUUCGGCCAUGAGCAUCGCGGCGCGCGAGUUCUCGGAGGAUCCGUGCAGUUCGCUCAAGCGCGGCAACAUGGUUCGCGCCGCCCGGAAUCUGCUUUCGGCCGUGACGCGGCUGCUUAUCUUGGCCGACAUGGUUGACGUGCACCUGCUACUGAAGUCACUGCACGUCGUAGAGGACGACCUGGACAAGCUGCGGAACGCGUCGUCACAGGACGAGCUGAUGAAUAAUAUGCGCCAGUUCGGGCGGAACGCGAAUGAGCUCAUCAAGCAGGCCGCCAAACGCCAGCAAGAGCUAAAAGAUCCGCAGCUACGGGAUGAUUUGGCAGCAGCCCGUGCCGUGCUGAAGAAGCACUCCACGAUGCUGCUGACGGCGUCGAAGGUGUACGUGCGCCAUCCCGAGCUGGACCUGGCCAAGGUGAAUCGGGACCACAUCCUCAAGCAGGUGUGUGAGGCGGUCAACACGAUCAGCGACGUCGCACAGGGCAAGUCGUCCCAGCCACAGGACGUGUACGUGGGUGCCGGCGAGCUAGCGGCGGCCUUGGACGACUUCGACGAAGGCAUCAUUAUGGAUCCGAGAGCUUACAACGAAGUCCGUUCCAGACCGUCACUCGAGGAGCGUCUAGAAAGCAUCAUCAGUGCGGCAGCGCUGAUGGCCGACGCAGAUUGCACGCGUGACGAAAGGCGCGAGCGGAUUGUCGGAGAGUGCAAUGCGGUCCGGCAAGCGCUGCAAGACCUGCUGUCGGAGUAUAUGUCCAACAUGGGAACAAAAGAUCGUACACCGGAGCUGGAGCGUGCGAUCGGUCACAUGUACCGGAAGACGAAAGAUCUACGCCGCCAGCUGCGAAAGGCAGUUGUCGACCACGUGUCGGAUUCGUUCCUUGAAACGAACAUGCCGUUACUUGAUCUGAUCGAGGCGGCCCGCAGUGGCAACGAAAAGGUCGUUCGCGAGCGGGCCGACAUUUUCACGAAGCACGCAGAAAAGUUGGUCGAAGUGGCGAAUCUCGUGUGCAGCAUGUCCAACAACGAGGACGGCGUUAAGAUGGUGCGAUACGCGGCCGACCAGAUCGAAACCCUCUGCCCGCAGGUGAUCAACGCGGCAUUGAUUUUGGCCGUUCGGCCCAACUCGAAGGUUGCGCAGGAGAAUAUGGAAGCGUACCGACUGGCCUGGGAGAACCAGGUGCGCAUUCUUACAGAGGCAGUCGAUGAUAUUACGACGAUCGACGAUUUCCUGGCCGUGUCGGAGAACCACAUUCUGGAGGACGUAAACAAGUGCGUUCUGGCGCUGCAAGAGGGCGAUGCACUGGAUUUGCGCAAUACGGCGGGUGCUAUCCAGGGUCGAUCGGCGCGCGUUUGCAACGUAGUAGAGGCGGAGAUGGACAACUAUGAACCAUGCAUCUAUACCAAACGAGUGCUGGAGGCGGUAAAGGUGCUGCGCGAACAGGUCAUGUCGAAGUUUGCUCAACGUGUGGAUGUGGCCGUCGAUGCACUUUCUUCAAACUCACCGAAGGACGUAGAUGAGAACGAUUUCAUUGACGCAUCGCGCCUGGUGUACGAUGGCGUGCGUGAAAUUCGUCGCGCGGUGCUGAUGAAUAGGAGUUCCGACGAACUGGACACAGACACGGAGUUCGAACCGGUUGAGGAUAUGACCGUCGAAACGCGUAGUAGAUCAAGUGCACAUACCGGUGAUCAAACGAUUGACGAAUAUCCAGAAAUUAGUGGCAUUACAACCGCUAGAGAAGCGAUGCGAAAGAUGAACGAAGAAGACAAGCAGAAGAUCAUGCAGCAAGUCGAGUUGUUCCGUCGCGAGAAGCUGACCUUCGACUCAGAGGUUGCCAAAUGGGACGACACCGGCAACGACAUUAUCUAUCUUGCCAAGCACAUGUGCAUGAUCAUGAUGGAAAUGACGGACUUCACGCGCGGUCGCGGGCCACUCAAAACGACAAUGGACGUCAUCAAUGCGGCGAAGAAAAUUUCUGAAGCGGGCACGAAGCUCGACAAGCUGACACGUGAGAUCGCCGAUCAAUGUCCAGAAAGCUCGACCAAGAAGGAUCUGCUCGCUUACCUGCAGCGUAUUGCGCUGUACUGCCACCAGAUUCAGAUCACCUCGAAGGUGAAAGCGGACGUGCAGAACAUUAGCGGUGAAUUGAUCGUGUCAGGGGUAAUGUUGGACAGUGCGACCUCGUUGAUUCAGGCGGCCAAGAACCUGAUGAAUGCCGUCGUUUACACAGUCAAGUACUCGUAUGUCGCUUCUACCAAGUACACACGACAGGGAACCGUUUCGAACUACUCACCAAUCGUCGUUUGGAAGAUGAAGGCACCAGAAAAGAAACCCCUGGUACGGCCUGAGAAACCGGAAGAGGUACGCGCCAAGGUCCGACGCGCAUCGCAGAAGAAAACCCAAAAUCCCGUGCAUGCUCUCUCAGAAUUCCAGAGCCCUACGGACGCCGUCUAA